AUGCCGGAUUCCAGCAAACCCGUUCGUGCGAAGCACUUUUUAAAGGCGGCAGAGCUGCUGUCAGAUUCUUGCACUUUCUCCAGAACGCAGACUUUCCACUAUACCUGGCACCGAGAAAGAGACGAAGCGGCAUUCCGGCAAGGCCGUCGUAGAACCAUGGAGGGAAGGAUGUCGGACGACAGCAUACAAUCCUCCGGCAACUCGAAAUACGGAUAUGAGCCGUCGGAGGGAUCGAAUCAAGAGAGCAUGGCAGACCCGGCAGGAAACAGGAAGGUUCGAGAGACUGAGGCGUUUCCAACGUUCACACCAACAAAAUUCAACCCACUUGCGGCGUAUUUCGAAGGUGGUAGUUUGGAGCAGCCGUCAGACUGUAAAACACCAUCGACUGCUUCGACUCGAACUCCGAAACUUCGCAGACGGACUUCCGCCAAUGAUCUACGGGCUUUGCGCAGAGCAAUGCCAGGGGUCCCAGAAGCGGUGAACGAGCAGUCCGCGACAAAGAACGUGUUGUCAGCUGAGCACGUCGAGGAAGCAGAAGAGAACAUCGAGUCGGUGCAAUGGGAUCCAGCGUCAGAAGGUCUUGAGGGUCCGGGUCUUCGUAGGCGGAACGCGAGAAGAGACUCGAGCGACUCGCCGAGGAAGCGAGGGAGAGCCCAACGGCAGGUGGAGCAAGCGCAGUUGACGAGAAUCGGAUCUAGUCCGGGAGCAGCAGGAAGAAUCAGGUCAUCUGAGGAGGGGAGGCCAGCCCCACGAUGCGCAGUGGAUUCGGCGAGACUUGCAGCAGCAAAGGAGUACUUCCGGGUACCAUCUGGCCGCAAGCUCUCUUUGUCUGCGAUCGAGGCAUACGGGAAGAAAGCGGGGUUGGGUUCUGGAUGCCAUGAGACAAAGGAGGAGAACAAAGGGAGGGGGAAAGGGUGA